GAUUAUAAACCCACAAUAGGACUCUUUGUGGUAGUACGAGCUUUGGUUGCCGUGAUUUUUGAGGCAGAUGAUGAUAUAAUUUGUCUUUUUUUAAACAAAACAAGAUGGCUAGGUGAAGAGAUUGGACUACAAUGUUAAGUGAAGAAAAUGAAGAUAUUUCGGAUCCAAUAUUGGCGUCGCUUUUCAAACAAUCUUUAGAAAUCGAUGCAGACUUAGAAUUCCAAAAUGCGAUGUCCAAACGCGAUUUUUAUCACGAAGAACUGUGUGGAUGGACAGUCGAUCAGAGUGCUUAUCACCGAUUCAAAUGGAAUUCACAGCGAAAACUUUUGAAAACUCCUAACAAAGAUGCAAAAGCUGUAACUACAAACCCGAAGAGAAGCUUCUCGCGACAGAGCGUCUAUCGUACUAGUGAUAUUGAGUUUGACUUCAAGCACUACCAACAUCGUGUAAAGUAUAUUGAACAGUAUAGGAACGAAAAGCUUAUACGACAAGAUGCUGGGCUAAAUGAUAUCUUAGUUAAAUCAACCAGUGAUCGGAGGAAACUUAAAUCUGAAGUCUGUGAUGAAUGUACAAAUCAUCGAACUUCGCCUUCUGAAACUUCGGAUGUCCUGAAAUUAGAGCACUCUGAAUACUCCUCAAACACAGCUGUGACGAAUUCCAGCAUUGGGCCUACAUACCAUGCGAAGAACCGUCUUAAUACAGGGAUAUUUCAUGGCAAGAAACUAUAUUCUCGUCCAGUCUUUAGGUAUAGUGGUCUUCACAGUAAUAGAGAGACAAAUUGGAACGAAGUUAUUGAUAGCUCAAUAGUAGGUUUGCACACCCAAGCAGCAUUGUGCAAGCAGACACCGCCUUCCCGUGGAAUGGAAGAAUCAUGGACGAUCGUCGGCGUGGAGAAGCGUCCCUUACCACAACAACGAAAAAGAACAGACCUCUACUCCGCGCUUUCAAGCAAGUCACAUCGUAAAAAUACCUCGAGUUCUUCCAGAUACCAGAAAUAUUCCACAUCCGCUAACAAAUGCGACAAAUGGGUCAAAAACCGUGAGCAAGAGCCCGGUGGACCGUAUGGAAGCGAGAGCUUUAGAGUGACGCCUAGAAGUAACAGCGCCCCUAACAUAUACAACAAUGCAUUAGGCGGCCGGCAAAGCUUGUGGAAAAGUCCAGAGGACUCUAAGAAAUCUCACACGAGUAGCUUAAAUGACGGUAAAGCUAGAGGAAACACGAGUAGCUCUUCCAAAAUGGACUAUUCUUGUUAUACAGAAAUGUUUAAGAAUGUCCUAGACUAUUACGGGACUAAAAAACUUCAACCAAAGCCAAAACUCCCCACUGCAGAAAAUGGAAGAUUGUUGUCUGUAAAGACAUGACAAUUUUCUAAUGUUGUUCUGAAGCCAGAUUAGCGCUAAUCCCGAGAUUAAAUCUUUGAAGUCUUUGAUUGUUAUUAUAAUCAACCGGAAUUAGAGUUAAGCAGGCUUUUGACAACUGUGCCUAGUCGGAGGUUAAUUUCUUUCGUCGAACUAUAAAUCAUUAAAUUUGAAGUGUAAAUAUGUAAUAAGGUAUAAAUUUAUGAUAAGAAAAGGGAUAUUCGAUGAUUUUAUAAAUAUUGUACACAGCAGAUAAUGAAGUUUCAAAACGAAAUAAAAAUUGAAAUAGAAUCACCAA